AUGAGUAAGAUAUUUAGUUUUGAUUUUCCUUUUAAUAUUGUUCUAAUAAUAAUUUAUAAUAUUUGUUUAAUCUAUAAAGCUUUAAAUUAUGAUGAAAAUGAUUUAAGUGAAAUUAAUAAUACAGCAAAUCCAUCAACACUUUUGAAAAGGAUAAAAGUGUUUGAAAUUACAUAUAAAUACGUUUAUUAUGUUACUAUAAAUUAUUGUGAGGAGUUUUCUUUAUAUGAAAUUAUAUAA